CAGAGUUUUGUUCUUUGCCUUUUCAAUUUGUAAAGCAUGUCCUCAGUUGAAAGAUAUUUGAGUCAACUUGUCAAGACAGAACCACAGUUAGAAACCCUAAAAGAGCUUUAUAUUGGAAAGAAAUGGCAUCAACUAACUGAAGAACUUUUAAAACUCAUACAUAGUGGUCAAGUAAAUCGAAUCAAUCUUGUUGAACUAUACGACUCUUUUAUACGAGAGUUUGAGUCCAGUUUAAACCCUCUAGCACUUGUCCGCAUACUAGUUGGAAUCGCGAGAAAGAACUAUCGAGAUCUCAACAAGGCUUUGGAAUUCGUCGAUUACGCGACGAACUCAAAGGCCUUCAUUAGUGCAGACGAAGAGGCUUCUCUUUUUUUAAAGAGUGAGACAGCUAGAUUGAAGUUGGAAGGAGGAAAUUUAUCCGGUGUCAAGCAGAUAUUGGAAGAAGUUGGUGUGGCGAUGGAAUCCACUCGAGACCUAGACACUGUGGUUCAUUCCUCAUAUCAUCGAGUAUGUGCCCAAUAUUACAAGGCUGUAGGACCGGCAACGAAGUACUAUUCGAGUGCACUGCUUUUUUUCCAAUAUGCUCCUCUGGAUAGUUUUACUGUAGAAGAGCGUGUGCAUUGGGCAUAUGAUUUGGGCGUUGCUUCAAUUGUUGCAGAAACAAUAUUCAACUUUGGUGAGAUUCUCGAAUACGAUAUUAUGCAGUCUUUGAAAAGUGAAAAGCUACAAUGGCUCUUGGAGUUACUGGAGGCUUUUAAGUAUGGUAGUAUUGAGAAGUUCAAUCAAAUUGGCAACCGAGCUAGAGACCAGAUUAACCAAGAGCCAGCUCUCUCUUCUAAUUGGCAGUUUUUAGAGCAAAAGAUUCGUCUUCGAUCUUUGAUGGAGUUGGCAACAAAGAAACUUGUUGAGAGAGUUAUCAGCUUUGAUGAUAUUUGUUCAAGCUGUGAAGUUACCAAAGAUCAGGUGGAGUAUCUUGUGAUGAAAGCACUCAGUUUACAUCUAUUGCAAGGCACUAUCAAUGAAAUGGACGAGACAGUUUCUAUUUCUUAUGUGCAACCAAAAACAUUGGAUCGGAAUGAAGUUGAAGGCUUGUACAAUCGUUUGAUUCCGUGGAAGACCCACGUGCAUGAGAUUGCCUUGUCACUUGAGCGAAGUACGGAAGCUGACCUUGCACAAGCACAAAAUUGAAUAGAUAUAGUAGAAGAGUAAAUCAAGUUUUACAACGAUAAAUGUGAUAUUACAUAACGCACGCU